AUGAGCGACCUGCAGCGAGCAUGGGCCAAGGCCAAGUACAGCAUAUCUAACGAUACAUUUGACGAGGUCGACGAGGAGCACGAGAAUGAUGUACUCCCCGAGUUGCCGGAGCCUGUCGACGAUGACUCUUCCUCAGCCUCGUCCGCCUCAUCCGUCUCCUCGACAGGAACCAUCAUACCAUCGCCCAACCAGAAGCUGUUCGCUCGACCUCAAGGAGUCGCCCGCGGCAGGACCCUGGAGCAGAUCCCCUGGACAACCUAUUUUGAGCGCGAAUUGUCUCUGAAGUCAGAGCAGGAACCGGAAGUAGUCUAUCAUGCCUAUCUCACUUCACCGGUCGGGAAAGGGCCAUUGUUUGUGAUGCAUCAUGGUGCUGGAUCAUCAGGGUUGUCGUUCGCCGUUGUUGCUUCUGAAAUAAAGAAGCGGUUGUCAACAGCAGGUAUCCUGGCCAUUGACUGUAGAGGUCAUGGGUCCACAAACGCACCAGGCGACAAGGCACUAGAUAUGAGAUUGGACACUCUGUCUUCGGAUCUGUUCAGCAUGGUGCAGCUCACAAAGAAUGAGAUGGCCUGGCCAGAGAUGCCCCCGAUAGUGCUCGUGGGACACUCCUUAGGCGGAGCAGUUGUUACUGACCUGGCCAAGUCCGGUAGGCUAGGAACGUCAGUUCUAGGGUACGCUGUGUUGGAUGUUGUGGAAGGCUCCGCUAUUGAUGCUCUACAAAGCAUGCACACCUAUUUGUCUACGAGACCACUGGGCUUCGCAACUCUGCAAGCAGGUAUCGAAUGGCACAUUCGGUCUCGGACGAUACGGAACUCCAUCUCCGCUCGGACAUCUGUUCCUGCGCUACUCGUCUUCAACGAGAACGACGACCCGACAAGGCCGUGGCGAUGGCGGACCAACUUGGGCGCAACACAGCCUUACUGGGAAGGUUGGUUUAUAGGGCUGAGCAAGAAGUUCUUGGGGGCGAAGGGAGGAAAACUCCUACUGCUCGCUGGUACUGACAGGCUGGACACCGAGUUGACCAUCGGUCAAAUGCAGGGGAAAUAUGCCUUGCAAGUGUUCCCCGAGGCCGGUCACUUCAUUCACGAAGAUUUGCCGGAGAAGACAGCCGUUUCGCUGGUCGACUUUUUUCGCAGAAACGACAGGAGUGCUCUCGUGCUUCCUCCUAAGGUUUCGGAUCUUCUCAAACAGGGCAAAAGAGUAUGA